AGUGAUCAUUUAAGAUGCCUUUACUGAAAAAGCAAAUGAGUUAAAACACAAAUAUUCAGGUCACAGCAGUGUCCAGUUGAGGGCUGGUCUUCCAGGUCUCUAAGGUUUGAAUUUGCAGUUGUCAUCAGGUAAAUGCUGUUUACAAAUCAUUCUCCAAAUCCAGUUGUUUUUCAUACAUUUUGUUGAGUCUUUUGGUAGCAGCUGGGCAAAAUUUUUGUUCAAUCUCUUGCAUGGGAUCAAAAGCAUGUGAUCUGGUGUGAAAAACUUGCCACUGAGUCACCGUAACCUUUGCCACAGUAGUUAAAAAUGUCACCGCUUGCUUCUCCCUCCUGCUUUCAUGAGGGUGGUUUGCAGGGCUGCAUCUCUCUUAGAGAAACAUUUGGCCUGUGGGCCUCUGCCUCUCCUGACUGAUUAAAAGGAAGAUGAGUAUUUGUGCUUUGAAGCUUCAUUUAUAUGGAGUGAUAUUCAGGAAAUGUUUGGAUGGUAAUGCUGCAGGCAUCAUCUUCACCUAAUGGCCUUAACUACCAGAGAAGGAACAGCAGAGCAAAGCAACAGCAACCCAAGCCCUAAAUUAAAUGGUAGGUUAAAAUAUCAUCACUAAUAAGAAAAGUAAGCAUUAAAAGAGAUGCAAAGAAAAAAAAAAUCUUAGUGAAAAUUGCUCCUUGGUGGCAGACAUUGAUACCAAAACAAAAAGCCUGGAGUUCAAUGAGCUCCCCAACACAUGCCACAGUGAUUUAAUUAAGAAUGUGAGCAACACACUGCAGAGGGAAGGGCUGGGAACUGGGGGUGCCAGGGCUGGAAGUGUAUGGGGAAAGCCGUGGAUUUGAACCCAUCCUUGUGGUCCUUUCCCAGCCCAUGGCAGCCUCACAGCUCAAAGGCAGAAGCCAGGCUGCUGGUUAAAAAACACCCCAAAAAGGGCAAGGCCACUGUGAUAGAUGAUGGGUUGGACUCAAAGACCAUGGAGGUCUUUUCCAACCUAAAUAAUUCUAUAACGUGCUUUUGCCAGCAGGCAGUUUUUACCUGCAGCUUUUUCCCUCUUCCCAGGAGCUCUCUCCCCUCAGGCCCCCACACAGGGCUCAGGAUGUCAGGUGAAGGUAGGAUGAACUCAUCAGAGGAAACACUCCAGUCUUGGAUUUUCACCCUGUCCAGGCCCCAUCUCAGUGUCUGAGGUGGGGAGCCCUCAGAAUCACAGAAGCAUUGGGGUUGGAAAGGACCUCUGGAGAUCAUCCAGUCCAACCCCUUGUUAUGGCAGGUUCAUCUGGAGGAGGUGACACAGGAAUGUCUCCAGGUGGGUUUGGAAUGUCUCCAGAGAAGGAGAGUACACAGCCUUCCUGGGCAGCUGUUCCAGAGCUCUAUCACCCUUAACGUACAGGAGUUCUUCCUAGUGUUGAGGUGGAACAUUUUGUGUUUUAGUUUAUGGUCAUUGCCCCUCGUCCUGUUGCUGGACACCAAUGAAAAGAGUCUGACAGCAUCCUCUGUCUCCUUGGAUAUACUUAAAUGCACUGAUGAGAUCCCUUCUCAGUCUUGUCCAGACCAAACAGGCGCAGCUCCCAUAAUGUCUGUGCAUCAGAGAGAUGCUCCAGACCCCUCAUCAUCUUUGUGGCCUUCGCUGGACCCUCUCCAGCAGCUCCUUGUUUUUCCUGUGCUGAGGAGCCAAGAACGGGACACAGAACUCCAGAACAAGGCCGUUCCCUGCCCGGGGUAGUGCCAGCGCUCGCCGCCCGCCCGCUCUCAAGAUGGCGGCAGCCGUGAGAGCCGGAACGGGGCCCCGGGGCGGGAAGGGCCCCGCUCCACAGCGCUGAGGCCGCCCGGCCCCUCCCGACGAGCUCCAGAGAGGCGGGGAGGGGCCGCAGCCGGACCUGGCCAUGAGCGGAGCAGCGGAGGCGCGGGAGCUGGAAGAGCGGCUACGAGAGGCGGCGGCCCUGGGGGACGUGGCGGAGGUGCGGCGGCUGCUGGGCGCGGGGGCAGACAUCGACUCCCGCAACGAGAUCAAUGGCUGGACCUGCCUGCACUGGGCUUGUAAGCGGAACCAUGCCCAAGUGGUGUCCUGCCUGCUGGAGGCUGGCGCAGACAAGCAGAUCCUCACUGCUAAGGGAGAGCUGGCAGCACAGCUAACGUCAAAUCGAGACAUCCGCAAGAUUUUGGGAGAGGAACAAACUGAAUGUCAAGGAGUGAAGGAUUUAAAUUUAUCCAUUGUUGCAAACUACUUGGCCAACCCAUUUCCUAAGAUUUACAAGGAAGAAAGCAUUCCAGGCAGCUUGGCAGAAUCCCAGAAUGAAAGUGCUCCCAUCUCUUCUGCUUCCCAGAGUGAAACUAGCCCUUGUCCAUCAGCAACUCAAGCUGAAAGCAUCUGCAUACCCAUGUCACGCAGCAGUGGCGAGACUUUCCCAGCACUGGAUGCAGCAACCAGGCCACUCCUAAUGCCCACCGUCGCUGCAGCCUCAGUGUGUGCCAGCCCAGGGGUGCCCUACAGCCCCGGCUGCCCCCUGGUCACACCCACCAGCCUGGGGCUCUGCUCCCCAAGAGUAUCCGGCCAGGCCUUGCCUCUGCAGCCUGACACCUCCCCGAGCAGCCCUGCACCUGCCUUCCAGCCCUUCUUCUUCGCUGGAACAUUCCCGUAUAACAUGCAAGAACUUGUACUCAAGGUCAGAGUCCAGAACCUGAGAGACAGUGACUUCAUUGAGAUUGAACUAGAUAGACAAUUAUUGACCUAUCAAGAUCUGCUCAGAGUGAGCUGCUGUGAACUGGGUGUUAAUCCAGAGCAAGUAGAGAAGAUAAGAAAACUACCCAAUACACUUCUAAGAAAGGACAAGGAUGUUGCCAGACUCCAGGACUUCCAAGAGCUGGAGUUGGUCCUUAUGAGGAGUGACAGCUCUCCUUUCUGGAACACUGCAGCUGCGCUGAUGGAGCAGCCAUGCUACAACAGCAGAGCAUCCAAGCUGACCUACUGACCCUGGGAGCUGCACCUGCAAUGUGAACACCUGACAGUGACAUGUGCUGCCCUUUGGAAGGCAGCAACUUAAGUGUGUGUAAAACCUUAAGUUAUUAUUAGGGUUACUAUUUUAACUAAUAUUUUAUAUUUGUUUGCUUUUAUUGUUUUUUUUACUUGAUACUGUAUUUAGGCAAGGGAUACCUCAUUUGUCCAGUAAAAUCACAUGUUUCCAGUGUAUUUAAAGUAAGUUUAUUGGUUGUAUCUGGCAGUGGGGGGAAUGAAAGACAUAAUUAUUGAUACGAAAAUUUUGUUAAGCACACCCACUCUGACCAAGUAAGACUCGUGGAAAGAUUCAGGAAAUUGUGUGUCUCUGUGUGUACUUCCUCAUUAAAUUAAAUGAAAGAGACACACAAUGGAUGCUCUCUAAAAAUGUGAAUGUGCAAGUUCUUAAUCUCUUGCCCCUCACAAACACUCACCAAGACGGGUUGUCUAGAGAUACUUACUGCUCAGAAGUGGCAGGAGAAACCCUUUUACUGGGCUGAAAAUAACUGGAAUAAGCAUGUCAGUAUUUAAAUGUUUAUUUCCCCUGUGAGAAUAUUGUACCUCCACCAAAAAAUACAAAAGCCUCUCGUAAAUGUUCCUAUUGAGUUCAAGUGCCCUCUCAAGAGAAGCCCUUGUUUCAGAUGGGGAGGGACCCUCAAUCUGUGUCCAUGGUUUUAUUUACUUUCUGACCGAUGUGAGCCUGUGCAUUACUCACACCAGAUGUCAGUAUUGUCAAGACAAGAAAGCUCUCUGUGGCCCUCCCUCAUACACCAGUUCCAAGGGGAUGGUUGUUUCUGCUGUGUGAGAAGCAUAGCAGUGUCCUCAUGAGAGAUCACAGCUGGAAGGAACACAGAAUGCUUUUAUGAGCCACUAGAUGGGAAAAACACCACGAACAAGUAACUAACUUGUAACUUUACAUCCUGCAUAGUCUACUGUCACUGUUACAGAGCCUUGUAACAGCCAGGUGAGUACUGAAAGGGCUGAAUGCCUCCAGGUGCUUUCAACUUUUUUUUUUUUUUCUCUUCCUCGUGAGGUGUGAAAAAAAACACAACUCUGGUUAAGCUACAGACUGUUAUAACUUCUAUUUAAGCAAGUCAGUAAUGAAAAAAUUCACCUGUGGGUUAAAAUACUUAAGUCACAGCAUUGCUGGAGUAUAAACAGCCUGAAGCUUUUCCUGAUUAACAUGGCAGCCUGGAAAGUUACACUUUUGGAGGCAGUUUUCUUGUUUACCAAAAAAUACAAUGCUGACCUUUGCACCAAAACUCUUAAAUGGGUCCUGAGGCAGGUGGAGGGGUGAAGGAUUUGCUUUUUCUGCAUGAGCUGCUUUUUCUCCCCUCUGUUCCCACCUCCUCCCCCCCACCCCAAACUACUGAUUUUCCUUCCAUCUCUGCUUUAUGAAGCUGUACUAGGCAGAGUUUCUGCACAGCUGAUGGACUGUAAUGUUGACAGUCAAACUAUAAAUAGUACAGCACCAUGUUCUGGUAGAAGCAGCAUGGCUGCCACCCUCCCUAUGUCCUGCUUUAUCCUGGAAGACUCCCUCAAGUUGCUGCACACCAAGGAAAGACAGAAACUCCUUCUGUCAGCAGAGGAGAUACUCGACUCUGGGCCCAGGAUUUCACCAAGUUACUUAGGCUUAAAAUUCUUCCUUACUUCAGUCAAAAUAAUUAUCAUCCUUUCCUCCAUGUUCCACACCCAUCACCUCAACCCUGCUAAUUUCCCAAUCUCAAUCCUGGUUUUUCUCCAGCCAGGAGCUGAGCUACUUUAAUGUCAGAUUCAACUCCUGGGAAGCUCAAGACUGUGACACAGUAUGAAGUAAAACUUAACUAAGGUUCCUGCUUUGGAAAGAAAGUUCUACUUUAACAAUUGCGUUAUUUAUGUCUCCAGCAUAGCUUGGAGGCUAGCUCAGAUUAUGUGCAAUAACUGUCUGAAAAAUAGUAGUGGUUAAAUGGCUCAAAAUUAGUAAGAGUAUCUAAUUUGUUUCCAGUUCCUUUAUUUAGGAAGUCAGUGUAAGGAGUGUCUCCACUAAUUACUGAGCAUUCUACUAGAGGGCAGCUGGUUUAAAAAGCUUUAUUUCUCUAGUUUCCACCAAGAAUAACAGUUAAUGUGUCAAGACUUAAACUCUACUCAUAAUCUGACUGCAAUAACAGUAUAUCUAUGCAUUCAAAGAAGUAUUUUUGUAUGUUUUAUGCAGUUUGAUAAACUCUAAGGCACAGUAGCUAUGUUAGCUAGUUUUCGUUGGGCUUUUUCUUUGAACAAUGAACUGUUGGAAUGACAACUGAGAUUAAGUUGACAAAACUUAUUGGUCUUCCAAGGAUGCCUUUUGUUUGUGCUACAAACUUGUACUGAACUGACACUGCUACUCUUCACUUAUAAUAAAGGAUCAGCCAUUUCAAGUA